UUCAACCUGGAGACGCGUCAGUAGUGAAGGAGGCCGUCAAGAUGGCGGCCGGGCCGCGGGGCUGGGGUGUUUUCCAUCCACCCCGGCUGCUCUCUGUUUCCUUCUCUUCCUUUGCCGCGCUGCUUCUGCUCGGCUCUCCUCCACCAUCUGCUGUCGCUUCUCCUCUCUGUCACCAUCGCGUUCCCAACGCCAAGGAGGUUAUUUACAAAGUUUAUCUUAAGGAAAAUCAUGUUAAGAAGAGACAUGUUAAUGAGCAUCUAAGAAUUAGGACUGUAUAUGACAGAAGUGUUGAGGAAUUACUGCCUGAAAAAAAACACCUUAUAAAGCAUAAACUUUUCCCACAAGCUAUUUCAUAUUUAGAAAACACAUUUCAAGUACGAAAAUCUACUGGUACAGUCUUAUUAAGCAGACAGUGUGUAACAAAUCGAUAUUUAAGGAAGAAGGAUGAUCCCCACAGAUACUGCCAAGGAGCCUGUGCUGAGCAUACAAGGUGUGGUCCUGUUAUAGUUCCUGAGGAGCAUUUGCAGCAAUGUAGGGUUUGUAGUGAAAACGGAAGGUAUUGUGGACCUACAGGACAAGGUGACCAAGAAGGGGUUCGAGAUGCUGACUUCAUUCUAUAUGUUAGUGCCCUCACUACUGAGAAGUGUGGCCAAGACAAUAUUAUUGCAUAUGCUGCACACUGCCAGCUUGAAGCAGACAUGGACAGACCAAUUGCAGGCUAUGCUAAUCUCUGUCCAAGUAUGAUUUCAAUCCAAGCUCAAGAGUUUGUUGGUAUGCUGUCUACAGUGAAACAUGAAAUCAUUCAUGCUUUGGGUUUCUCUGCUGGUUUAUUUGCAUUUUAUCAUGAUGAUGAUGGAAAUCCUUUGACUGCCAGAUAUGCAAAUGGACUGCCACCAUUUAAUGAAAGCCUUGGUAUAUAUCAAUGGAGUAGCAAUGUUGUACGUCACGCUGUAAGAUUAUGGGAUGUGCGGGGCAACAGAAUUCUUCGUCACCAUGUAUUUCUUCUGAUAACUCCUAAAGUAGUUGCGGAGGCCCGAAAACAUUUUGAUUGUCCAAUCCUAGAAGGCAUGGAACUUGAAAAUCAAGGUGGCAUGGGCACAGAGCUCAAUCACUGGGAGAAGCGGUUAUUGGAGAAUGAAGCAAUGACUGGAUCACACACCCAGAACAGGGUCUUUUCACGUAUCACUUUGGCAUUAAUGGAGGAUACUGGCUGGUAUAAAGCCAAUUAUAGCAUGGCAGAACAACUAGUCUGGGGCCGAGGUAAAGGCUGUGAUUUUGUGAUGAAAAGCUGCAAAUUUUGGAUUGACCGCAGGCGAAGAAAGAAAGAAGUAGUGGACCCUUAUUGUGAUACUCUGCGGAGUAAUCCAUUGCAGCUAACUUGCAGGCAGGACCACAGAGCUGUAGCAGUGUGCAAUUUACAGAAAUUCCCUCAGCAGCUUCCUCAGGAAUAUCAGUACUUUGACAGUUUGUACGGAGUAUCCUCAGAAGAUCUGCCAUAUUAUGGUGGGUCAGUUGAAAUUGCUGACUACUGUCCUUUCAGUCAGGAAUUUAGCUGGCACUUAAGUGGUGAAUUUCAGCGCAGUUCAGAUUGUAGAAUAUUGGAGAAUCAACCAGAUCCUUUCAAAAAUUAUGGUGCAGAAAAAUAUGGACCAAAUUCUAUUUGUCUCAUUCAGAAAUCAGCUUUUGUUAUGGAGCAAUGCAGGAAGAAACUCAGUUAUCCUGACUGGGGUAGUGGAUGCUACCAGGUUUCCUGUACUCCCCGUGGGCUGAUUGUUUGGGUCAAGGACGCGGCAUAUUUGUGCAGUCACUCAGGCCAAAUUCUGACAGUGAACAUUCAGAUGAAUGGAUGGGUUCAUGUCGGGAACCUAAUUUGCCCAACAUGCUCAGAUUUCUGUGAUUUUUGUCCACCUGAGCAGGAUCCCCCUCCAGUUGCUAAUUUAACAAGAGUUGCAUCUAUAGAUUUGUGUUCCUGUUCUCCCAGCCUGGUAGUAACUCUAUGGCUAUUGAUGGUGAACUUGCUUCCACUACUAGCAGGAUUCCUUCUGUGUGCAUGGAGUUAAAACACACUGCCAGCUCACCCUUGCAGCCAUUGUCCAUGCAUAUAGAGUAUGCUGUACCUAAAUACAACUUGAAGGCAGCUACCUGGAAGAGCAGUCAUAUCUCUGCCUUGGGGCAGGUAGCCCAGCUGAUUGCAAACUGGAAGGUGCUGGACAACAUCUUCUAGACCAAGAGAGGCAAAGUUUACAACUUCAUUUCAAUAAGUGCCAGUGUUAACUAAAAGUUUAAUAUUCGCAUUGGUAACAAAUUUGGGGUACAGAUUUGUCAAUAUUAUGUCAUCUGUUGCCACUGGUUUGCAGCACUUCUGUUAUGCACAAUUCUCUGUGAGACUAGUAGUAGGAGUUUUGGUAUCCUUAGACAGAGAUAUACCUCAGUUUCCUGUAGUCAGAAGCCAUGAGACUCAUUUGCCAUUGCUGCUAAUAAUUUAAGUCUAAUAGUGCUUUAUGGAGUUAAACAAAAAGCUAACCUUUGGUACCAAUUUGGGAUAUCUUCAGAGCUGUUCUGUACCGUGGUAAUUUGACAAUAUUUUUCCUGUCAAGUCUCUGUUGCUGCAAUUACAAUGGAACAUCUCAAUAGAUGCACACCAUGCACUUUUGAUAUAUCUAAAUAAUGAAAUCUUGAGUAUUUUUCACUCCACAUGGAAGAAUGCUAAGUCAAAAUGUUCUGUCAUAAUUCCUAAUUUAUUGACUACAAUCCUAGGCAUUUUUGCUUAGAAUUGAACUUUCGUUCGAGUAAACAUCCCUUAGAUGAGGCUACAUGUAUUUCAUUUCUCAGAAGGCAUUUUGAAGAAAUUCAGUUGAUGUUCAUUUGAGGGCAUUAUUGUUACCCUCAGGCUGCUCCAAAAUUCAGUAAUAUUCAAGCAUACAGAUUUCCUUCACUUAACUCUCAGCUUGACUGGCAAAAAGGUCUGAAAUUAUAACAAAUCUCAUAAAUUUUGCAAGUGAUAUUUUAUGACAAAUCUCAUAAAUAAGUUGGAGAUGACAAGAUUUUAGAGAGAAGUAAUGGUAAGAGCAAGUGAACAAAUAUCACAGGUAUAUUGAUUCUUUUGGGGCCAAACAGUGAAUUUAAUUACCAAGGAACCUUGUUUUGUUGUUCAUGGAUAAAAGAACAACUGAACUUAAUUAUGCUGGAUGUAUGAAAAUAUUAUAUGCUUCUUAGAGCAUGCAGGUUAGUGGCUAUGCCACCAUUUAAUGUGGUUAUAUGAGUCACUGAGCAAUUUGACAGAUGAAGAAUCAGUUCCCUAGAUGAUGGAGAAACCUCAGGGACCAUAGUUACAAUUUCUUCCUCCACUUUAAUGGAACAAAUUAGUCUUUAGACUGGUGGAAUUGUAUCUAGUCCUGUUAUUCUGAUGCACUGAAAGCUGUAAUUGUUAGGAAUGCUGGAGUAUCAGUCUCCCUUUAAAAAACUAUUUUUUAAUCUGAAUCCUUUAUCUUAGUUCUCCCUGUGUACAGCAGAAGCAGGGUUAACAGUGUGGUGGCAUUCGAACUUUCAAUAGAGUAUGAAUAUUUUUUUCUAUUAAUGAAGAGAAUACC